UCUCCGCAUAAUAUUGUUUUUUGAUCAGUUAGAUUUAAAAGAAACUUAAAUAAUUUUUUUGUAUUAAUAAUUGAACUAUUUGGUGGGCGGUAAAUGUUUAUAAUGUUAAUUUCUUUUUUGAGAAAUAAUUUUAUAUGUAUUAUCUCUGAUUGGAAUUUAGAGCCAUUAAAAAUUAUUUUAAAUGGUAUGUCAUUUUUUAAUAAGAUUGCCGAUCCUCCACCUCUUUUUCCUAUUCUAUUAGCUAAUAUAAUCUCAUAAUUGCCCCUAUGUGAUAGUUCGGAGUUUAUUGUAUUUUCUGUUGUGAGCCAUGUUUCAUUGAUUAAUAUAAUUUGUGGAUUAGAAUUUUCGAUUAAUUGAUUUAAAUCCGGUAUUUUAUUAGCUAGGGAUCUAGAAUUAAAUAACAAACAUUUAUAUGAUUGAAAAUUUCCGUUAUUUACUUUUGUCUGCGGUUUGCCUGCGUGUC